AAUACUCUAAACCCGUACCACGAGGCAAAUGACACCCUUAUGAUGAUCAUGGAUGACCGUCUUAUAGCAAAUACGUUGCCUUGGUGGUACUUCGGCCCAGAUAACACCGGGGAUGUGAUGAUGUUGAAGCAUCUAACUGGCCUUCAGAACUUUGUGAGUAACAUGGCCACAGUUCACUUGGUAACUGCUGAUGGCAGCUUUGAUUGCCAGGGAAACCCAGGGGAGCAGGAGGCUCUUGUCUCACCCCUUCUUUACUGUGAAACAGUCACUGCUUUAAUGAUCCUGGACGCUGGAGGAUCCUUUGUUUUGAAGAUGUUCACCCUGUUUGAACACUGUUCUACCAACCUGCUCUUUCUGCUGAACUGCUCUUUCGAGGAGGUCCAUGUCUUUAAGCCAGCCACUAGCAAAGCUGGAAACUCCGAAGCUUAUGUGGUUUGUCUUUGUUAUCUGGGCAGAGAGAGCAUUCAUCUGCUGCUUUCUAAGAUGAUACAGAACUUUGGAACAGAAAUGGUCAACAAGGCCCUCUUUCCCCAGCAUAUGCUACCAGAAUCUUUUCUUAAGAUACAUGAAGAGUGCUGCAUGUUCUUCCACAAACGCCAGGUAGAGACUAUCUCUGAGAACAUUCACCUCUUUGAGUGCAUGGAAGAAGCAGAGCAGACGAAACUGAACAAGCUAAGAGAUUGUGCAGUGCAGUUCUUCAUGCAAAGGCUCCACGUGAAACCCAUUGCCAAAAAUAAUUGGCUCGUCAAGAAGUCUCAGACUGGCUGCAGCACAAACGUGAAAUGGUUUGGGCAAAGAAACAAAUAUUUUAAGACGUACAAUGAGAGGAAGAUGCUGGAAACCCUUUCAUGGAACGAUAAAGUGGCAAAGGGCUAUUUCAGUCACUGGGCUGAAGAACAUAGUUUAAAUAAUGCCGGUAAAAUGUGCAUCUUGGAAGGAUCAACUUCUAACCUCGAGUGUAGCUUGUGGUACAUUUUGGAAGGAAAAAGGCUACCAGAGGUAAAAUGUUCUCCCUUUUGUGAUUGUCAGGUCUUGGAAAAUCUUAACGAAGCUCUGAAGGAGUUGGCGGAGGGGAGGUGGAAAAGCAAAGUGCUGCAGACUUGCGACUCCUGUGAAGUUCUUCCUGGGGAGCUGAUACUGGCUGAAGUGUCUGAUCUUUCCAGGUGUCGUCAGGAAAUCCUAAAUGAAAGGCAUGGUGACCAAUUCAAGUGCCUUGCGGUGGAUUUUCCAUCCCCCUGUGAUACCGAAAGCCAACCCGAUAUGGAAAUAAAACUCCUGGAUUUGGCCACGCUGCCGACUUUCAGUUUCUCUUUGCUUUACGAUGGAGAACCGAAGUACCAGCAGCAGCUUUUGGAGUGUGUUCUGCGUUCGUUGAAUGAGCUUAGAAUGGGAGACGCCUUGGUUUUGCCCGUUCUUUCGUGUUUUACGCGUUUCACAGCUGGCCUGGUGUUUAUUCUGCAUUGCUGUUUCAGAUACAUCACGUUUGCUUGUCCAACCUCCCAUGAACCGCUGAGGACCAGCGCCGCUUUGCUCUGUGUCGGUUACCGAGGCCUCCCGAAUCCGGUUGUCGAGUAUCUCCAGCAUCUGAACAAACUCGUGAGAUCUUUGCUGGAUGCGGACUCUCCCCAGCAGGUUCUGCAGUUUGUGCCGAUGGAGGUUCUUCUCCAGGGCAAGCUGUUGGAGUUCUUGUGGGAUUUCAACACGGCCAUUGCAAAGAGACAGCUCCACUUGAUCGUGCAAGCGAAGCAGCAGCAAAUGACUAGGGAUGUUUCACUUUAG